CAUGGCUAAGUACACAACUACCUUAAUAUAUACGUUCAUACUUACUCGACAUCAAUCUGAUCUGGAUGCAAAAUGAUUUUAACUAACAUUAUAGCCUAUGGUAUCUUGGUUUCCAUGAUAACAAUUGAGAAUAUAUAUGGAACUACUACAACUGAAGUUUAUACAUCAACAGAAAUACAACUAACCACUUUGACUGAAGAAGCAACAACCAAAUCGGUGACAGGUACUGUAAAUAUAGACACAGAGACAACAACAGACCAAUCAACAGUCACUGUGGUAGAUGCUGUAACUGCGUCUAACAAUAACGGUACAGAAUCAAUGGAAAAUGGGUGUGAUGAUUUGGCCAUUAGAUUUUAUAAUUCAUUCAUUUACGGUGUCACGGGGGUUAUGUUGGCUAUCUAUUUACUUUGAGCGAACUCUAAUGUCUAUGUUUUAGUUUGAAUUUUACUGAAUUUGAUGAUUUAUUUGAUAUGGUAUUUUAUAGUUUGUAUAAAACCACACACGACCUUCUGCAGGU